AUGCGCGUGGCAGGCUUGAUCCGGUACACGGCAGUGUUCAUCGCGCUGCUGAGCACUUGGUUCAUCAUGCAGACGUACUUCGAUCGCAGAUGGAAAGCCAUCAGCCUGCGGAGCUGGCUCGGUGUCACCAACAAGCCCAGAAACGAGCAGCUGCCCCGGCAUAAGUGUGGGAACAAGAAGAGCUGCCCUGAGAACCAUUUUGCCUUCAAGAUCAUCAGCGGCGCCGCAAACGUGGUGGGACCCUCCAUCUGCUUCAAUGACAUGAUCCUCAUGAGCAGCAUGAAAAACAACAUUGGCAGAGGCCUGAACAUUGCCCUGGUGAACGGAACAAGCGGGCAGCUCCUAAAAACUGACACAUUCGACAUGUACUCUGGAGACAUUAACAAACUGGAUACCUUCCUCCAAGGGAUCAAGCCUGGCACCAUUGUGCUGACAGCCAGCUAUGAUGACCCUUCCACAAAGAUGAACGACAAAGUACGAGCACAUUUUGUGGAGCUGGGCAGCAGCCAUGUGAGCAACCUGGGCUUCCGGGACAACUGGGUCUUCUUGGGAGCAAAAGGGAUGAAGAACAAGAGCCCUUUUGAAGAACACAUCAAAAAUGAUAAGAAUACAAAUAAAUACGACGGCUGGCCUGAGCUGCUGGACAUGGAGGGCUGUGCCCCUAGGAAGAUGGAUUAG